AUGUCUUUCCAUUACAAACCAACGAUUUCUGCUAAUUAUGGGAGAAAAAUUCGACAGCCUAGACCUUCUUCCGUCAAUCAAUCAUUUUUUGAUGUGCACAUUCACUCGCAUAAUACCGCAUUAAGAUCUUCACCGGGUCUAGAUCUUGAUGAUAAUCAUUCCGCUCGAAUGCAUAUAAAACAGCCCAUGAAAGAUUUGACGACCGGUGAAUUCUCCCUGGGCAAGCGCCCAAAUUCUUCUGAUGAGGUGACAGAAUCAUGCUCGAGACUUAAUGUGAAUGAUGAGGAUAAUCCUCCGCCGACAAAAAGAAGGAAUAAAGGAAAUAAAGGAAGUGUGUCUAGCGGGAAGACUGUUGAUAAUUCUGACGUCUUUGAUUUUCCAGAGGAGGAAGACGAAAUUAUAAGAGAGUUUCAGCGGAAAGCAUCAUUUAAAAACAGUCAUGAUGAAAAGAGAAGAUUGGAAAUGGAGACUUUUGACAUGGAAGUUUUUGAUUUCCCGGAAAAUGAAGGCAAUGACUUUAUCGGCGCAAAUUCGAAGCCAUUAUUACACAAGGGGAAAAAGAAUAGUGUUGACUUUAAGAAAACAGCCGGCAAAAAAAGCGAAAAAACAAAUAUCACAGAUUUUCCGGAACAAAUCGAAACGUUUGAUCAAGAAUUGAGGCAAAAGCCUCUGACCAUUCAUAAAUCUGACAAUCCAAAGUCGGAAGACAAGAAGAAAAAUUUUUCUUCUAGAAGAAAUGUCAAGACGUUUUCUGAUAAUUUGGACAAGUCGGAUUUCUCUGAAGACGCAGAUGUUUCAUUUCGAGGAUCCAAUGACAAAACGAGAAUUAAGAAAAAGGACUGCUCUAGAUCUAUGGAAUCAUUAUCAUAUAUUUCCAAUUCCAACGAUGCUAUUAAUGCACAGGAAAAGACAUUAAGAAAAAAAUCAAGUCGUCCCAUGACACCAUCGGGCUCACCCAAGACUAUCAUGAAGAUUAAUAAUUCUUCAUCGUCACAUCUUACUUAUCAAAGCGAAAUGAACAGCGUUGAGGUUGUUAAAACCCGUUCGUCUCGAAUUAAUUCAUCCUCAAUGCGUUUUUCGCGAUUUCUAACGAGAAAAACCUCAAAGCAAAUUGCAAAUGAUAGCUCUGGUGAUAACCGAGAAUCCAUGGAUUCUGAUGAUGUCUUUGAUCUUGCGAAAUAUGUGAAUGGACGGAAAGGGGAAAGUCAUGAACCGGUUGUUGGGAUUGUCAGUAAUCUCACGAAUAGUAUGCUAAAUGCUAAUAUCCCUCGUCCAAAAACUCCAAAAAAGGUUUCUCGAUCAAACAAGCAAAGUCGUCAGGAUUCGGUGAAAACUUCGACAAAAAAGUCAGGAGAGGUUAAAUACACUCACAAAACAUCUCAAAAGGAGUCAUCAAAAGAUGCAAUCCCGAGAACUCCGGACAGAUCGAUAUCUGAAGUUGGAACGCCAAUAUCAUUUCUUUCAUUUCAUCAGAAGAAACAUAGUGAUUCCGUCUGGGAUGCUGUUGACGCGGUAGCCUCUCCAAUAGACUUGUCAUCCAGCCCCCGAAGGCAAAACUUGGUCGCAAAAAUGUCCAAACCUUCAACCCCUUCGAAAAUCGAUAGAAGUCAACCUUUAUCUCGGUCUCUACCGUGGGGUGACUCAAAGUCGAAGCUGGACUUCGGCUCUUCUUCCAGUCAAGAUCGCAAGGAAGAUAGUUAUCUCUCUUCAUAUGAAGAGGACCUAUUUACCAAUACCUCUUCCAGCUCUUUUGAUUUCCCAAGUUCUCCUUCUUCAUCGUACAAUUUGACCAACGGUAAUUCUGGCGUUCAAAAAACUUAUGGGCAAGGGCGCACCAUUCUAGGUCAGGAUCUAGAUUCAUUUUUAUUCGACACAUAUAACUCUGCUUCCGGACUCCAGUUUGAUGAAGAUAAAGAUGAUGUGGUAUCCAAAAAGAGUGAAUUAAAAAGUUCACAUGAACUUCGUGAAGUUGGUAGUCUUACUAGGUUUACCGAAGAAAUGGACUUUAUUCUUGAUGGUCUCCAGGAGAGACAAAACUUAAACGACAAGCACAGCUCAGAGUUGUUAAUCAAGGAAUCUGGAUUUAUGGAGAUAAUUGCAUAUUGCCUAAAUUCUUCAUUGGAUCCUUUUAAUGAUGAUAGUGACUCCUUAAAAAGAUCUGAUCGGUUGUUGAUCAAUGAAAUGAAAGAAAUAAUACACCGUUCUGCAAUAUUCGGUUCAAAAUCACAAAUAUCACUCAAAUCAAUAGCACUCAGAACUUUAUCAUCGUUAACAUCCUUGAGAACACGUUAUGAAAACUUUAUCAAAAAUGAACUGAGAACAUCAGGGAGCUUACAUUCUGUGUUACACGUAUUAAAAACCGAGUUCGAGUCAGUUCCCAGCAUACUGUCAUCAAUCGAGAAUGGUAAGCUCCCUCCCGUGCAGACAACGAAUGACAUUAGUCCGAAUAUGAGCAGUGAAAAUGAAUUGAAUAAAUUAAAGGCUAUUGAAGCAGUUAAAUUCGAUGUUCUUUCGCAUGUUAUUGUGUUACUCAUAAAUUUGGCCGAAAUGGAUCCCAAUAAUCAAGAUGAAUUUUGUAAACGAUUACCUAAUCGAUCGGUUAGCUCAUUGAUCAAUCUCAUCCAACUGUUUGCUCGUGUCAACGAAUUUGUUGUUGAAGAAACUUCCAUAAAUGAACAAUUUCUAAUGGAUGCGUUGCCCUUGACAGCGGAUCAAGGACAAACAAAUCACACAUCACAAUCCCAUGGACGGACCAUUGGAGAGUCGUUUUUAGAAAUUAUAGAAAUCUUAAAAUCUUUAGAAGCAUGA